UACUGGCUCUCACGGCGCUGCCAACGAGUAUAAAUAGCCAGCACCAUCGUAGCAACAUGGGAGACUUUCGACAAAAAACACCCUCAGACUUCCCCUUUGUUCUUGUUUUUUACAAUCUAGCCUCCUUGUCACAGUCUCGUCCUCGUCGGAUGAUUGCAGAGGAAGAGAGCGAUGAAGGGGCAGAUCCAUACAACCCUUGGACACCCUCCAUAUAUACUGGCCACGAGCUUGACUUCGAUACACCUGCCAUGAUUGUGUGCCUGCUGCUGAAACCCGUGUCAUUGACUCAUCUCAUUGGCGGGCCUGUUGAUAGAAACAGUAACAAAGGAAAAGGGCCUAAAAUGACCUGCAUCUAUUCGCAGCUUCAGUUCGACGAGGAUGAACUAGAAAGAGAGCUUAAACUAGCACCUGAGCUCCUUUUUGAUCAAGACGAAAAUGACUUUGACCUCGAGCAUGAGGAGCCAAUGUGUCGUAAAAGGAAACGUAAUUCUCUUACCACAUAUUCCAAGAUUACAGAAGGGCUGCUCAAAGAUUGAUUGACUACUGGACAGUACACAUGUGUACAGUAGCUGAAGCGGCUAGGGCUGUCCACAUACAUUCAAAGAGUGCCUGGAGGGUUUUUGUUAUAGAUAUAUUAAUCAUUGCAGGGAAACAGACAAGCUCCCUUCCAAGAAGCGUCGAGUGAUUCCAAAAUUGGCAACAAGGCAUUACAAAUACUUACCUUCUUUCCAAGGUGUCUCAACAAAGAGAUCAAUUUAUAGGCCUACAACAAUACAGUUUUACUGGAGAAAGAAGAAAUGCUAAUGAAUAGGAUAAUAUGUAUGCCAG